AAAAUGGCGAGAAUGAGUAGAUUUCUUGAUGAUUAUUGCACGAUACAACGCAUACACAAGUGAUAAUACGGGCAAAAAUGUUGUACUAUUGUACCGUUGCUUACCAAUGAGAUAACACGGAACGGGCAAAUGCAACAAGUGGAUGCAAGGCUUGAUACGAGCAGUCGAGUAAUAAACCAAUAAUGGAAAAGAAAAGGAGAGCAAGAAUUAACCAUUGUUUGAAUGAGCUGAAGUCCCUUAUAUUAGACGCUAUGAAAAAAGAUCCUGCUCGUCAUUCCAAGUUGGAAAAGGCAGACAUCCUCGAGAUGACAGUUAAACACCUGCAAGAUGUACAAAGAGAACAGAUGCGAAGUGCAGUUUCUGCCGAUCCGACUGUUAUCACAAAAUUUCACAGUGGAUUUUCUGAGUGUGCGACUGAAGUCGGACGAUACGUAUCAGGCUUGGAGGGAGUCGAUGACGGCGUGAAGAGGAGGCUUCUGGGACACUUGACUGGUUGUGUUUCCGGCCUGAGUCAAGUUUUACCUUUGGCGACAAGUCAGCCAAGCCCUGAGGACGUUAACAACAAUAGCAACAUGACUGCGCAGAGGAUCUUAAAUGGCCUCCAGCUCAUACCUAGCAGGCUGCCUUCCGGGGAACUUGCGAUACUCCUUCCAAGUAUGCCAGAGCACCGUUCUGCCUUCAAAGCUGUCGCGAGAUCACCGCCUCCUUUAAGUCCGAUCUCGACUGAUUCAAUCGGUUCGGAUCAUGUCACAUCUACAUCACCAGAUUUGCCCCACAAGAGUCUUGAAGCGGCACAGCAAGAAUCGCCAGCCUCUACAAGCACAGACAUGUGGAGGCCGUGGUAAUUUAACAAAACCUUCGACUGGCAACAGGAGUUACCACUGAUAAACAAUUGCAGUACAUAUUAAUUUAUUACUUAUACACAAUGGGACUGAUUGUGCAUUAAAUAUGAUUGAUUUAUUAAUUUUUUAAAUUCUCUAAACAUUAUCAACAUCAAUCAAUGUUCAAACCAAUCAAUUUCAGUGUUCUUUGAAUUGUAACAAACCCAAUAAGUUUGAUGAUUAUAUUAUUUUAUACAGUUUUUAAAAUUAAGUAACUUGUUAUAUUGUUGUUCGUCUCUGUUACAGUUAUGAAAAAUGGUCAAUCCACAUUUUCUUGUUAGUUGUUUUCAAAAUAGUUCUGUUAUUUUUCCGAGUUGCUUAUUAAUUGUUUGCAGUUUCGAUAUACAAUGCUGAUCUCAUUUCGCCAAAUUUCCAUUCUUUUGGACAUAUUUUUGUCAUGUUAAAUAGUUUUUAAAUUGUACAUAAUUGUAAAUAUUUUUGUAUAACUUUUGUUUACAAAUAUUUUAAAAAGUAGUAAGUAGAAAUGUUCGUUUAAAAAAUAUAAAUUAUUUAAUUUUUAAACAUAUAUUGUUUCGUUGAUACAAUCAUGGACCUCAUGUAAAGAAAAAAUACAUUAUGUCAAAUUAAUUGUGCGACUUGUUUUUAUAGACUUCCAAUUCAAAUUUUGAAGGAGAGCACAUGAAGUACCAUUAAAACCAUUUUCAAAUCUGUUAAACCACCUCCACAGUUUGAUCAUCCUGUUUCCUCCCCUUCAAAUUGGACAACCAAAACAUUUGGUGCCAGAAGUAAUUUUUUUCAAAAGCAGAUUUGUGAUAUUUCUAUAUACUGACCUGACUUCUAUAUGCAUAACCCCUACACGGGUAUAUUCAAUGACCUCCAUUUGUAGAACCUGUGAGGAAGCAACUGUCAUCCAUACUAAUUUUGAUUGAGAAGCAACCACUCAAUAGACAUAACCUAGAGUACAAGAACCCAGGAAAAUGAUUAGCAAAGACCUAGAGAAACCAUACUACUCGGGAACCCAACCUAAUAUCCUCUCAUAAUCAAGCCUCAUGUCAUAACUUUUUUUAUCUAUUGAACCACCUCCAUAGAUUGAUUAUUCAAUUUCCUUCCCUUCAAAUUGGACAGCCCGUGAUUUCAGCAGCUAUAAACUUCCUUUUCCAGUAAUGAUAGUUCUAGGAUGUAAUAUUUUUCUAAAUGAUUUGCGUAUCAUCA